AUCACACGCAGUGAAAAGCCCUAGUUUCAGAGAGGUCGAAAAUGGCGUUUCAGCUGUUGAGUCGCAGCAGAAGCGUGACGAGACGGUCGAGUAAGUACCUGGAGGAAGCUCUGUACAAGAGGCUGUUCAAGGAUGGCGGCUCCGAGGUCAGCGUUCGACGGCAACUCAACGACUUCCUCAAGAGCCGCAAGCGAGUCUUCAAAUGGGAGGUCGACGACACUCUCAGGAAGCUUCGCGAUCGCAAGCUCUAUUGCCCUGCCCUCAAGCUAUCCGAAGCAAUGGCUAAAAGGGGAAUGAACAAGACGGUCAGUGAUCAGGCCAUACAUUUAGAUUUAAUUGCAAAAGCUAGGGGUAUUCCUGCUGCAGAAACUUAUUUCGUUGAUCUUCCCGAAUCUUUUAAGAACCAUCUAAGCUAUGGGGCGCUGCUCAAUUGUUAUUGCAAGGAAUUGAUAACCGAAGAAGCUGAAGCGCUUAUGGAGAAGAUGAAGGAAUUAAAUCAUCCUUUGAGCUCCAUGCCUUAUAAUAGCCUUAUGACCCUAUAUGCAAAAAAGGGGAAGCCAGAAAAAAUACCUGCUAUCAUACAAGAAAUGAAGGCGUCUGGUAUUAUGCUGGAUUCUUACUCGUAUAAUGUCUGGAUGCGUGCUCUUGCUGCUGUCGAUGAUAUCUCUGGAGUUGAAAGGGUUAUUGACGAGAUUAAGAAGGAUGGCCGAGUUGUUAGUGACUGGACAAUAUAUAGCAACUUAGCAUCCAUUUAUGUUGACGCUGGUUUGUUUGGGAUGGCAGAAAGUGCACUCAAGGAAUUGGAGAAGAAAAAUGUGGAGAGAGACCAUUCUGCUUUCCAGUUCCUGAUUACACUCUAUGGUCGGAUGGGAAAUCUGGUUGAAGUUUAUCGAAUAUGGCGAUCUUUGAGAUUGGCAUUUCCUAAAACUUCAAAUAUAAGCUAUUUAAACAUGAUCCAGGUGUUGGUUAAUCUGAAAGAUCUACCAGGUGCAGAGAAAUGUUUCAGGGAAUGGCAAUCUAACUGCUCAGCUUAUGAUAUUCGGGUUGCAAAUGUUCUGAUUGGAGCUUAUGCUAAAGAGAAUUCACUUGAGAAGGCUCAGGAGCUCAAGGAACAUGCUCGCCGAAGAGGGGCCAAAGCCAAUGUAAAAACUUGGGAGAUCUUUCUUGAUUAUUAUUUGAGGAAUGAAGAUUUCAAAUCAGCAGUUGAUUUUGUUGCCAAUGCAAUAUCUACCGGCAGAGGGGAUGGCGAGAAAUGGAUUCCAUCACCAGAUAUAGUCAAAACGUUGAUGCAGAAUUUUGAGCUAGAAAAAGAUGUGGAUGGUGCAGAAGGUUUUCUGGAGAUUUUGAAGAAGGUCGUAAAUUUCUUGGAAGUCGAUGUGUUUGAAUCAUUGAUAAGAACAUAUGCUGCUGCUGGAAGGACUAGCUCUUCGAUGCGUCGCCGAUUAAAAAUGGAGGAGGUGGAAGUGAGUGACGCCAGCAAGAAGUUGCUUGAGGAGAUAUGCGUAGACUGAGUUUUUUUUUUUUCCACCUCUCUAUUUUUGUCUCUGUUCUCAGAAUUAGAACUCCUGUAGAAGUGAUUUUGAAUAGUCUCUACAUGGUCUUCCGUUUUGACAAUAGAAUGUGCCAGUUUU